UUUAAGUCUGCCCCACAUCUCUCUGCUAUGGGCUCUUUUACAUGAGCGAAGCCAGCACUGAGCUCUGCCCUAUAUUUGCAACAUCACCACCGCUGCGUAAAAAAAAAAAAAAAAAAUAGCAGCCGCGCACCGCUCGGAAAUGUAGUCAUUCUUGCGCACAGAAGCGGUCUCCGGAAAAUGGACCUUAAAUCCGAACUUCUCAAGUCGAUCUGGUACGCUUUCACAUCGCUGGACGUGGAGAGGUGCGGGAAGGUCUCCAAAUCUCAGUUAAAGGUCCUUUCCCAUAACCUGUACACGGUUCUGAACAUCCCACAUGACCCGGUUGCCCUGGAGGAGCACUUCCAGGAUGACGACGACGGGCCGGUUUCUAACCACGGCUACAUGCCCUACCUCAACAAAUACAUCCUGGAUAAGGUGAAAGAGGGGAUGUUCGACAAAGAAAGGUUUGACGACCUGUGCUGGAUGAUGACCAUGAAGAAGAACUUCAACAUGAUGUCGCACAAGUUGGUGGUGUCAGAGAGAGAUUGCUUCAAGCUCUUCUGUUUGUUCAACCUGCUGUCUGAGGACAGCUACCCACUGGUGAUGAUCACAGAGGAGGUGGAGUAUCUCCUCAAGAAAAUCUCCACAGCGAUGAGCCAGGAGUGGGACGGGAAGCCCUUAGAAGACCUUAUUUCUCAGGAUCCCACUGUGCAGGAAGAAGGCAUGUCUGUGUGGACGUUCCUGGAGCACAUGAGCACGGGCCGGCUGCUGAGGGUCGUCAGCGCCGAGGCCUUCAGCUUGGCUUUGGACGAGGUCUUCCUCGAGAUGUAUCACAAUGUCCUCAAGCGGGGCUACAUGUGGAAAAAGGGCCACAUGCGCAGGAACUGGACCGAGCGCUGGUUCGUGCUGAGGCCCUCCUCCAUGGCCUACUAUGUCAGCGAGGACUUAAAAGACAAGCGAGGGGAAAUUCGGCUGGAUAAGAGCUGCGUUGUGGAGCCGGUUCCAGACAGGGAGGGCAAGCGCUGCCUGUUCUGCGUGAAAACGCACAAUAAAACCUACGAGAUGAGCGCUUCUGACCAGAGGCAGAAGGUGGAGUGGACUCAAGCCAUUCAAACAGCCCUCCGUCUUCAGCGGGAGGGGAAAACCUCCCUUCACCAGGAGCUCAAGCUGAAACGGCGCGUCCAGCGGGAACACAGCCACCGGGAGCGCAGCCGGAGCGCCCGGAGCAGCUGCAGCAGCCGGAGCAGCCAGUCGGACGACUCCAACUUCCAAGAGAUGGAGAGGAUGGAGAGAGAGAAGCAGGAUUUGGAAAUUGAAACCAUCAUUCAGCAUGCGCGAGAGUUGGAAAUUCGCAGAAGGGAGGCGGAGGAGAGGGAGAGGAGGAAACAGAAGGAGGUGCAGAUGGAUCUGGAGAGACAGCUGAAAGAGGCUGAGAUGAUGAGGGACAGCAUGCAGGCCGAGAUCCAGGAGAAGGAGAGGAAGGCCGAGCAGCAGAAGAAACGGAUCCAGGAGCUGGAGCUGACGCAGCAGAAGCUGGAAGCAGCGCUCAACAUGGAGAUCCAGGCUCGGCUGGAGGAGGAGCGCGCCCGACAGGAGCUGGAGAGGUUGCUGGAGGCCGAAGAGGAGAAGAGGAGGCAGUUUCAGAUCCUCCAGGAGCAGGAGAAGAUCUUAGAGAGCUUCAGCUCCACACGGGAAGCCUCAAACGGGACAGCAGAGGAGACGACCCCGUCGGCCCUCUACUCGGCCUCGCUGGAGCUUCAGAACUUGCAGGCGUCCCGUCAGAGGAGCCAUCAGCACCUUGAGGAGAUGCAGGAGAGGCUGAGAAAUGCCAGUCAGCACGUACGGCACUGGAACGUCCAGCUGAACCGCCUGAUGACGCCUAUCUCUCCUGCAGAGCGCUUGGAAAGUCGCCUUCAGUCGAAAAACACCUGUCCCAAAAAGGAAGGAGCGCUGGCCAGUAACGAGUUCAUCUGUAAAUACAAGAUAAGGAAUGAACAGAACAACAGGCUACGGGAAGACGAGACUGAAGAACUGCAGUUGCAACUGGACGGCACCUGCCUGUCAGAGGAAUCGGGGUGUUAAGAGUUUUAAUCGCAUUUCAACUGUAAUUUAUCUUAAGAUAGCACAAUACUACGAAUUACACAAGAAAAAAAAGCUAAAUAAAAUAAACUGCAUUUGGAAAAGA